GCACUCUCACAGUCAAUGUCAGCGUGUUAUUGUUGAGUCUAGCUUCGCCAGACGAGUCAAGUUUGAAAUACGAAGUAGAAUUUCUCCUGCAGCAGCAAUGGUUCGAUCCGCGGUUGCGAUACUCGAACCAAAGUCAAUACGAGUACCUGAACGCGAUUCACCACCACGAAGACAUUUGGCUGCCGGACACCUAUUUCAUCAUGCACGGAGACUUCAAAGAUCCUAUCAUACCCAUGCACUUCGCGCUACGCAUCUACAGGAACGGGACCAUCAAUUACCUCAUGAG